UGAUUAGCCUUGAAUUACCCUCCAUUAUCUGUUUCCUUUUCUUCCCCUAGAGUGAAUAAUGAAUAUGCUUAUGGGUUUGCAGGUGCACUCAGAGAUAAGUGGAAGUGCUCCUUUCCUUGCUCUAAAUGAAAAGAGGAAAAUGAUGAUGUUUCCUUUGACCUUUUUACCCAAGGAUUCUCCUGAUCCUGCAAAUGCUGAUUUGUGGAAAGAUGUUCCCAAGGUGUCUACUGAGAAUGAAAUUUCUCUAGGAAAAUGGAUACAUGUUGGAUGUGAGGUUUCAGUUGAUUUUGUGCGGCUUCACAUUGAUGGGGAAGUUGCAGGAGAGUGGCAUUUUUCUGCCUUGUUGGACAAAGACACAGAAUCAAAUGGUUUAAGGAAGAUAACAUUACUUUCUUUUACUGAUGAUAACAAUGGGGUGCAAGGUUAUAUCCACAAUGUUAAAGUUUUGCCUUUAACCUUUUCUAUCAAGGAUCACUAUGCUAAGGAUCCUCCUUUACAAUUGUCAAUUGAUAAUUCAUCUGCCUCUGAGAUUGAAGAAGAGAGUGAUGGUGUUUGGAAUAUAGUCGGAGGCAAGGCAUCUUGUCGAAGGAUUUUUUCCUUGGAUGUUGUUUUAUUGAAUGCCUUGGGCCAACCUGUAGACAAGGAAGUUGAGGUUGUUGCUUUGCUUUUGUAUGCGGAUGAUGGAUCUCCUGUAGAGAAGACAAUUGAUGAAGAAGCACCCCUCCUUGCAAGCUAUGAUGGAAUUGAAUUUUCCUCUUAUGAUAAACCAAGCAAACUAGUGCAAGGGCGUGCAUCCUUCAAGCUAAAGAUAUCCCAGCUUUCAUCCAAGUGUGAGAAUAGGCUCUUCAGCAUUAAAUUUGAGAUAACAAAAAUUGAGGGGUAUCAUUUCCUCCAGGCGUUCUCUCAUACAAUUCGUUGCAUUUCUCGAAGUCGCAAUACAAGAACAUCUACUAUUAUCUCGAAAAAGACCUCUGAGGCCCAUCCACUUGAUGGAUCUCAAUCCAAUGGAUUAGAUGAUGCAUCUUUAGAACUUCAACGAACUACUGUUCAUGAAGCAAAACUUAAUCCCUCAUCAAAGCGAGUCAGAAUGGGAGAGGCAAAGAUGUCAAGAAUGGACCAACCUGAUGAGGAAUGCAAUUCUCGUGCCUGGACAGCUAAUCAUGUUGAGAAUGAUUUUCGGUCAAGUUUGGAGGAGAGACCUGGGAAUUUUGAAAAAGCAGACCAUUCUUUAUCUGAUUCAGAGAGCACUGAAGCAAGACAACCUGCUUUGAAGGGCGUGUCAAGUACUGGACAUUCAGUUUCAGAUUUAAUGAUUUUCCGAUACUGCCUAGGAGGCUUGACUGAGAGGUCUCUUUUACUCAACGAAAUUGCAACCACUGCUUCAGAUAAAGAAAUUUUGGAAUUUGCUGAUCAGGUGUCUCUGUACUCUGGGUGUUCUCAUCACAGGCAUCAAAUAAAAAUUUCAAAGGGAUUGAUAGAGGAAGGAACAAAAGCUUGGAAUUUAAUGUCACAAAACAAUCAUCAAGUUCGGUGGGAGAGUGUGGUUUUUGAGAUUGAAGAGCAAAUCAUGAGAAUUGCUUGCUGCAGUACAAGAUCUCUCACUCAGCAGGACUUUGAGGUAUUGCGGAAAAUUGCUGGAUGCCGAGAUUACUUGGCUCGAGAGAACUUUGAGAAAAUGUGGUGCUGGUUGUUCCCUGUUGCUCUAACAUUAUCAAGAGAUUGCAUAAACAGAAUGUGGAAAUCUACAUCACCCAAGUGGAUAGAAGGGUUUAUUACAAAGGAAGAAGCAGAACUCUCACUUCAAGGUCCAAGAGGCCUUCAGGAGCCUGGAACAUUUGUACUAAGAUUUCCAAUCUCAAGGAGCUGGCCCCACCCAGAUGCAGGUAGCUUAAUUGUGACUUAUGUUGGCAGAGAUUAUGCUCUCCAUCACAGACUGCUUUCCCUCGACUCAGUAUAUAGCUUGGACAAAAGGCAGAUGAAUAGAACACUACAAGAUAUGCUGUUGUCAGAGCCUGAGCUCUCCCGGUUUGGAAGGGUAGUAAGAAGUCACUAGGCUUGCUUGAAACGUAGCAUCCUGUCCCUUCUGCUUCUGCCUUGUGGUGAUAAUUUUUUCUACAGUCCUUUGCUCCCCCCUUUCCUUUUCUCCCUUCUUAGUUUUCAUGCUUCUAUUUGUACACAUCUCAUUACAAAGAUGGAUUGUGCAAUACAAGUAGACAACUCUUAAAAGCGACAUGAAUAUUCAAUGACUUAAAAUAAUUAUGGAGAGGAAAUUCAUCAGCUUGAAGUUUUAACA